GCUAGAUAAUCUGCACCGAAAACCAGAAAAUGAAGGAUCAAACGAGACGAGGUGAUUGAAGAUUGCUUCUGUACAUAUUUGUAUGUUCUGAAAACUUAGUGUGGAAGAUUGAUUUAACACUUAAAACCAAUCAGAAUGGCAAUGAUGGACGAUGCUGGCUUCCUUAUUACUCACAUUAGGAAUUGCUUCAUCACCAGUGAUGACACAGGGAUGUGUGAAAUUGUCUUAGAGACAGAUGAAAAUGACAACAACGAAAGAAAACAGACCAGCAAAUCUGACCCAUCAAGUGCUGACGAUAGUGGGAUGGAAUCCUCAGAUAUGGAACUGUCUUCUGGGUCGUAUGACAUCAUGCCUGACAUGGGUUAUCCUGGUCACAGAUUAAGAUCCAACACAGCUCAGAGACUGGAACGCAUGAAGAAAGAAAAACGGAGCCAACGUAAAGUAAAGAACAUUCCCUGGAGAGAUGCAGCUCUCAACUAUAAUGUGGAAGAUCGUGGUCAUCUGUUUGAGAAGAAGUCCUUGUCUGAGAAUGCUGAGUCUCCAAUGUCUGUACCAAAACAAUCCAAACUCACAGAGCAGUUAGGAAUGUCGUCCAGUGACUUGGACAACCCCUUUCUAGAUUACCUCAAGUUUGAUGGACGAGCUAGUGCAGGUGUCCACUCCAGAAAGAUAGAUAUUUUUUUGACGAUGGCCGGCCCUGCUGACCGUCCCUACCCAAUGCCUGUAGUGUGUGUGGUCAUGACCAAGAUACAGGAGCUAAUAGGUCUCAUAUGCUGGCAGUAUACAAAUGAAGGCAAAGAACCAAAGCUCAAUGAGAACAUUGAGAUGUAUUCCCUCCAUAUAGCUGAGGAUGAUGGGGAGGUCGACAUGGACUUUCCUAGUCUUGAUCCAAGAGAGCCUGUAUCAAAAUUUGGUUUUGCAAAGCUGGCAUUAGUGGAAAAAAACAUACCUACUCAGACUUUGUCCAAGGCUUCUCUAGUAGUCACAGUCUAUGUGCCACAUCGAGGAUUCAACAAGUUCCAGAUGGAAGGCAUGGAUAUUCCAAUGAAAGAUAUCCUUCAGAGAGUCCUGAAGAGGAGGAAGGUGAAAAUCAGGCCAGGCCAGAGUUACAACCUAGAGAAACAGACAGAGCCAGGAGUAGCUGUGGAUUUAGACGCGACAUUGGCAAAUAUGGACACCAUGGAAUUUUGUCUAGUUAGAAAACACAGUACUCGGGGUGAGGAGGUACACGAGGAGGAAGGAGACAUGUCUGCUAUGGCUGAAUCACUCACUAGUCAUCAGUACAAAAGUUACAUUGUUAAUCUGGUACAUAAACUCAGAGCCAACACAGAGGUACAGCUGGGAGUAAGCGGGGAAAAGGUGGAGAUUGAUCCUGUUGCCAGUAAAGGUACAGGGCGCAUAUUCCGACAGAAGGCUGUCACUUACGAUGCUGAUAGCAUUGCCUCCUGUGAUAUAAUAGAAGAAAAAAUUACAGGAAAGUGUAUAUUCCGAUUGACACAUUUGAGUAACCAUGACUACAAGCACCAUGAUUUUGAGGCUGAUGCAGAGGUUGCCAUGGAAAUAGUGUCAAAACUUAAGAACAUUUUAGAGCUGCGAAUAAGCCCUGCCAGAAAGGAAUAUGUAGCGGCACAGACACGCAAACUCCUCAAGAAAAGGGAUUCUCUCAAAUUCACAUCAUUAUCUUAGCAGGGAAACACUAACAGGAAGUGUGAAAUCUUCCUGUACAAAGGUUGAUAAGGGCAAGUGCAAGUGGUGAACACUUUUUCCUGAAUUUUGUCAGUGAAAUUUUGUGUUCAAGUGUGCCAUACAUUAUAUCUAAAGGAUAAAAAUGUAUUUUGGAAUAAUUCAAUAUCUCUGUUACUAGGUAUUUCUAUGUAUUAUGAGUGAGGUGAUUUCCUGAGAAAUGUCCUUAAAUGUAUUCUCUAAGCGAGAUUUUCCAUUGCUUUUCAACACCUGAUGCAAAUACUAUUUGACAUUUUCACUCAACCAAUCAAUGAUGGUCCUUGGAGUUAUCUACAAACUGAUCACUAGGUGGCGCUUUGAGUUGACUCUCAGCUGAUCACUAGAUGCUCCUUGGGUUGUUGCAAUUGGAUUUCUUUGGAGAUGUAUUGUAACAGAUCACUUCAGAAGUAGCUCAACCUUCUCAGUAAAUGAGAUAUUUGGUCUGUCAAUAUAAGAUGCCUCAUUUUAAAGUGAUCUCUUAAUGAGUGGUGUCUAAACAUGUGCAAUAAUAAACAAUACAAAAAUGAUGUAGUAUGUUUCACAUUCCAGGGGUCUGUCUGCUAAAAAAUAUAGUGAAUUCCACUUUCAAGUUGACUCUCAAAAUGAACUUUGUCUAUAAGUUUAUCAAGCUAUCCAAAGAUCUGCUCAUAUUAGUGCAAGUGGUAGUGGUCUGCCAUUUGGUGUUACUACAGUAUACAAGGUCUGUCAUUUGGUGUUACUACAGUAUACAAGGUCUGUCAUCAGGUGUUACUAUAGUACACAAGGUCUGUCAUUAGGUGUUACUAUAGUAUACAAGGUCUGUCAUUAGGUGUUACUAUAGUAUACAAAGUCUGUCAUUAGGUGUUACUUUAUUAUACAAGGUCUGUCAUUAGGUGUUACUACAGUAUACAAUGUCUGUCAUUAGGUGUUACUAUAGUAUACAAAGUCUGUCAUUAGGUGUUACUAUAGUAUACAAGGACUGUCAUUAGGUGUUACUAUAGUAUACAAUGUCUGUCAUUAGGUGUUACUAUAGUAUACAAGGUCUGUCAUAAGGUGUUACUAUAGUAUACAAAGUCUGUCAUUAGGUGUUACUAUAGUAUACAAGGUCUGUCAUUAGGUUUUACUAUAGUAUACAAAGUCUGUCAUUAGGUGUUACUAUAGUAUACAAGGUCUGUCAUUGAGUGUUACUAUAGUAUACAAAGUCUGUCAUUGAGUGUUACUAUAGUAUACAAAGUCUGCCAUUAGGUGUUACUACAGUAUACAAAGUCUGUCAUUAGGUGUUACUACAGUAUACAAAGUCUGUCAUUAGGUGUUACUAUAGUAUGCAAGGUCUGUCAUUAGGUGUUACUAUAAUUUACAAAGUCUGCCAUUAGGUGUUACUAUAGUAUACAAGGUCUGUCAUUAGGUGUUACUAUAGUAUACAAAGUCUGUCAUUAGGUGUUACUAUAGUAUACAAGGUCUGUCAUUGAGUGUUACUAUAGUAUACAAAGUCUGUCAUUGAGUGUUACUAUAGUAUACAAAGUCUGCCAUUAGGUGUUACUACAGUAUACAAGGUCUGUCAUUAGGUGUUACUACAGCAUACAAAGUCUGUCAUUAGGUGUUACUAUAGUAUGCAAGGUCUGUUAUUAGGUGUUACUAUAAUUUACAAAGUCUGCCAUUAGGUGUUACUAUAGUAUACAAGGUCUGUCAUUAGGUGUUACUAUAGUAUACAAAGUCUGUCAUUAGGUGUUACUAUAGUAUACAAGGUCUGUCAUUAAGUGUUACUAUAGUAUACAAAGUCUGUCAUUAGGUGUUACUAUAGUAUACAAGGUCUGUCAUUAGGUGUUACUAUAGUAUACAAGGUCUGUCAUUAAGUGUUACUAUAGUAUACAAGGUCUGUCAUUAAGUGUUACUAUAGUAUACAAGGUCUGUCAUUAGGUGUUACUAUAAUAUACAAAGUCUGUCAUUAGGUGUUACUAUAGUAUACAAGGUCUGUCAUUAGGUGUUACUAUAGUAUACAAGGUCUGUCAUUAAGUGUUACUAUAGUAUACAAAGUCUGUCAUUAAGUGUUACUAUAGUAUACAAGGUCUGUCAUUAGGUGUUACUAUAAUAUACAAAGUCUGCCAUUAGGUGUUACUAUAGUAUACAAGGUCAGUCAUUAGGUGUUACUGUCGAUACAAAGUCUGUCAUUAGUUGUUACAAUAGUUCACAUAGUCUGUCAUUGAGUGUUACUAUGGAUACAAAGUCUGCCAUUAGCUGUUACUAUAAUAUAGAAAGUGUAGUAUAUCUCUGUAUACAAAAGUCUGUUAGUAUAAAUCAUUUAUCAGCAGACUGAUCAACUAAUUCAUAUUUGCCUUUUGAAUGACACGCCAAAACAUGUUCAUUAAGGUGCUAUGUAUUCUUAAAUAAUCUGUUUUCAUUGUCUGUCAGUGCAGUGUUGCUGGACAACAAAAAUCUAGAUGUUUCAGUAAGUGCUUUUGUUGAUUUGUCAACAGUUGAAAUAAAUAUCUAUACAGUU